CCAACGAAAAUGAAUAGACUCUUCUUAUUCCAAUGGUUUCUUUUGCUUCUCUUAUUCAUCUUCACCAAAACCUCAAUUUCUUCAAAACCCCAUAAAAUCCCAAGACUCACACCACUUCUUGAAAACAAACUUCAAAAUUCUAACACCAUUUCUUCUUCUUCUUCUUCAAAUCUUCCAAAAGAAUUUGAAACUUAUUAUUAUAAACAAACACUUGAUCACUUUAACUAUGGACCAAAAAGUUAUUCAACUUUUAAGCAAAGGUACAUAAUUAAUUCCAAGUAUUGGGGUGGUUCUAAUUCGAGCACUCCAAUUUUUGCCUAUCUUGGUGCUGAAUCUCCCAUUGAUAAUGAUAUUCUUGGUAUUGGAUUUCUCACUGAUUUUGCCCCAAAUUUUAAGGCUCUCCUUGUUUACAUGGAGCAUAGGUAUUAUGGAAAAUCAAGACCAUUUGGGAGGACAAUGGAAGAAGCACUAAAAGAUAAAGAUACUAGAGGUUAUUUCAAUUCAGAACAAGCUAUAGCAGAUUAUGCAGAAAUUUUGUUACAUAUUAAAGGAAAAUACUCAGCACAAAAUUCUCCAAUUAUUGUCAUUGGAGGAUCCUAUGGAGGAAUGCUUGCUUCGUGGUUUCGAAUGAAGUAUCCUCAUAUAGCUCUUGGUGCUUUAGCUUCAUCAGCUCCUAUUCUUUAUUUUGAUAAUAUCACUCCACAAAAUGGAUAUUAUUCGAUUGUGUCUAAGGAUUUUAAACAAGCGAGUAAGAGUUGUUACCGAACUAUACGCAAAUCAUGGUCAAUAAUUGACAAGAUUGCUUCUAGAAAAAAUGGACUUUCCUAUCUCACUCGGAAAUUCAAGACUUGCACGCACUUGAAUGAUUCAUUUGAGUUGAAGGAUUAUUUAGAUACAACAUAUGCAGAAGUUGCUCAGUAUAAUACGCCACCAAGUUACCCAGUGACAGUAAUUUGUGGAGGAAUUGAUGGUGCACCAAAAGGAAGUAAAGUUCUUGAUCGUAUUCAUGCUGGAAUUGUUGCAUAUGAAGGAAAUUUGUCAUGUUACAAGACAAAUCCCAUCACUGAUGAAACAAGCUUGGGAUGGGAAUGGCAAACAUGCAGUGAGAUGGUGAUGCCUAUAGGGCGUGGCAAAAAUGACACAAUGUUCUUUUCUGCUCCUUUUAGUUUGGAUGACUUCAUAAACGAUUGCAAGAGCACGUAUGGUGUCUCACCUCGUCCACAUUGGAUCACAACUUAUUAUGGAGGACAUGACAUAAAAUUAAUUCUUCGUAAGUUUGCUAGCAACAUCAUCUUCUCUAAUGGGCUAAGAGAUCCUUAUAGUAGUGCAGGGGUUUUGAAACACAUAUCUCAUAGUCUACGAGCUGUCCACACACGUAACGGUAACCAUUGUCUAGACAUUCUUUCUGCAAAGCCAACUGAUCCAGAAUGGUUAAUCAUGCAAAGGAACACAGAGGUUGAAAUCAUUGAAGGAUGGAUAACAAAGUACCAUGCUGACCUCCACGCCUUAAACAUGGAAAAAAGCCCUGAACAUAAAGAAAGAAAAAAGAAGGAAUAAAGAAGUUGCUCUUAAUGACUGGAGUAUAUAUUAAUGAUGAAAAUUACAUAUUUGAAGCAGAAGAGAAGAAUCUCGCAAUUAGCAAUAUCAUAAAAUGUGAAAAAAAUGUUGAUUGCAACAAUUGUUUUCAUCUUUGUGAAAA